UGUAUGUUUGCUACUUUUCUUGAAGACCAAAGAAAAGAAAACCUUUGUAAGGAAGGACGCCUGCAUUUCCACUUCGGGAGCAAGAAAUUGACUCCGAGAUGCAACCUUCUUCAUCAGUAUCCAACCCCACCCCCAACUAUUCAUAAAGCGAGAACGGAUAAAAUAAAACUCCUUUGAAAAAGCGCAAGUGGGGGAGGGAUUAAUACAAAGAAUCUUAAUCCACACAAACCAAAGAAAUUAAAAACCUUUCUCUCUGGUUUUAGUUUUCCUCAUACAUAGCCGCCAUGCCAGGUAGAACUAGUGAGCAAGGCAAGGCAAGGAAUGUGAGUAACUGAUCUACAAGGCAAUGGCAUUUCCCUCAUAACCUCUCCCAUAGCCCCUACUCCAUUCAAAAAAAACCACCCCCAAAAGCAACUUCAAUUUUUCCACCAUGGAGAAAUUACCCAUCCCAUCACUAUUAUAAAACCUAGUUAUUAUAAAAAGCCAUCCCAUUUCCCCAAAAUUUGAAGUAAUUGUGCAACUGCAAUGCAUUGAAGAGGAAGCAUAAAAAACAAAACAAAACAAAACCCCAACCCAUCAUAAUUGUUCCCUGAAAGAACAAUGCUCCCCAUCCCUUGCAUUCUUUUAAUGUGCCUCCUCAACUCUCUCACACCUCAAGUUAAUGCUGUCCUCAACCUCACCGUACCCCACCAACACCCCGAAGCCGUCGUCCAUGAACUCCAACGGAAAGUAAACGCGUCGCUAUGGAGAAGACAAAUGCUGGCGAAAGACCAGGCCACGUGUCUGACCGGAAACCCCAUCGACGACUGCUGGCGGUGCGACCCGAACUGGGCGGCGAACCGGCAGAAGCUGGCGGACUGCGGCGUGGGGUUCGGGCGCGACGCCCUCGGCGGCAAGGGCGGCCAGAUCUACGUGGUGACGGACUCCUCCGACCGAGACCCGGCGAACCCCGUUCCGGGGACGCUCCGGCACGCGGUGAUCCAAGACGAGCCUCUGUGGAUCGUGUUCGGCGGCGACAUGACGAUCACGCUGAAGCACGAGCUGAUCUUCAACAGCUUCAAGACGGUGGACGGGCGCGGCGCCAACGUGCAGGUGAGCGGGCACGGGUGCAUCACGCUCCAGUACGUGUCGAACAUCAUCAUCCACAACAUCCACGUGCACCACUGCACCCCCUCCGGGAACACCAACGUCCGCGCCAGCCCCACGCACGUCGGCUGGAGAGGGAAAUCGGACGGCGACGGGAUUUCCAUCUUCGGCUCCCGGAAGAUCUGGAUCGACCAUUGCUCCCUCUCUUACUGCACGGACGGCUUGAUCGACGCCAUCAUGGGGUCCACCGGAAUCACCAUCUCCAACAGUCACUUCGCGCACCACGACGAGGUUAUGCUUCUUGGACACGACGAUAAGUACUUGCCCGACAGGGGAAUGCAAGUUACCAUCGCCUUUAAUCACUUCGGGGAGGGUUUGGUGCAGCGCAUGCCACGCUGCAGACUCGGUUAUAUCCACGUGGUGAAUAAUGAUUUCACCCAGUGGCAGAUGUAUGCUAUCGGCGGUAGCGCUAACCCCACCAUUAACAGCCAGGGGAAUCGUUACACCGCUCCCGCCGACCCCGAUGCCAAAGAGGUGACGAAGCGCGUGGACACGGACGAUAGAGAGUGGAGUGGUUGGAAUUGGAGGACAGAAGGGGAUAUAAUGGUAAAUGGAGCGUUCUUUGUGCCUUCCGGUGCGGGGGUCAGUGCUCAGUACGCGGAGGCCACCAGUGUGCAACCUAAAUCCGCCGUGCAAAUUGACCAGCUCACUAUGUAUUCCGGUGUGUUUGGUGAUCCCAGGGAUAAUGGGGAUUUAUAUCCGGGUUUCAACGGUGGUGGGACCGUGACCGGAGCCACCAGCAAAGGCAACAGCGCGGGGUCCACCAGCAGUGACGAUGGGGACUUCUUCGGGAUGAUAUUCAAAGGUAGUAGCAGCAGCCAAGCACCAGCACCAUCACCUUCUUCGUCCAUUGUGUUUGUUUCAACCUUUUUGUCCCUUUUCAUUAUUUUCAUUUUGGACUCUACCACCAAACAUGCUCUUCUAUUAUCAUUACUAUGAUGAUCACACCAUUGCAAGUGGGAACUGCCAAAACCAGUUCCUCUCAUUCCCAAAAAAUUACCUAAAGGAAAAGAAUGAUCAAAGUUUCUAAAAUUUGUUUUUUAGUUUAGAAACUAGGAAUGAUAUUUUAGUUAAUGUACACAGCUCUCGAAAGUUAUUACUGGAAUCAAAAUAGAGCUAGGUGCAAUAUCAUUAUGAUUGGUCAUCGCCUCAAAUGUAUAGUUUAAUUCAAUGUAUUAUUCAUUUCAGUUUGCCUUCUGUUAA